AUGGCUGAGCCCAUCCGAGGAAAGCGUCCAGAGACGACGGCGCCUACACCCCAAAACACACCCGCCAACAACGCGCCCAUCUCUUCUCACGCCCAGCAGCCGGGUGUCUCCAGCAUCAAGGAGGAGGACAUGGACCGUGCCGCUGCCGCUUCCAUCUUUGCCCAGAACCCCCAUCUCGUGUCGAUGAUUCAGGGUCGUCUCGGCUCUCUUGUCGGGCGCUCCUCUGGCUACGUUGAGUCGCUCCCUGCCCCGGUCCGCCGCCGAGUCUCUGGUCUCAAGGGUCUCCAGAAGGAGCACUCCAAGCUCGAGGCCGAGUUCCAGCAGGAAGUUCUCGAGCUCGAGAAGAAGUACUUUGCCAAGUUCACCCCGCUCUAUGAGCGCCGUUCCGAAAUUGUCAACGGAUUCGUCGAGCCCACCGAGGAGGAGGUCAAGGCUGCUGAGGAGGACGAGGACAACGAGAACGAGCAAAAAGAGGAUGAAUCCGCCUCCAAGACUGAGGAGAAGAAGAGCGACAUCCCCGAGGAUGUUGCGGGCAUUCCCGAGUUCUGGCUGUCGGCCAUGAAGAACCAGGUCUCGUUCGCUGAGAUCAUCACGGAUCGCGAUGAGGCUGCCCUCAAGCACCUCACCAACGUCCGCAUGGAGUACCUCGACGUCCCUGGUUUCCGCAUCAUCUUUGAGUUCGCUCCCAAUGAGUUCUUCUCCAACAAGACCCUCACCAAGACCUACUACUACCAAAGCGAGAUGGGAUACGGCGGUGACUUCAUCUACGACCACGCCGAGGGUGACAAGAUCGACUGGCUUCAGGGCAAGGACCUGACGGUCCGCGUUGAGGCCAAAAAGCAGAGAAACAAGACUACCAAGCAGACUCGCAUUGUCAAGAAGUCAGUUCCCACUGAGUCCUUCUUCAACUUCUUCUCCCCGCCCCAGCCCCCCAAGGACGAGGAUGAGGAGGAUAACGAGGAUGUCGAGAUCGCCUCGGACAUCGAGGAUCGCCUGGAGCUCGACUACCAGCUUGGUGAAGACAUCAAAGAGAAGCUCAUUCCCCGCGCCAUCGACUGGUUUACUGGAGAGGCCCUGGCCUUUGAGGAGCUUGAUGACGAUGAGCUCGAGUCUGGCGAGUUCGAGGACGAGGACGAGGAGGAUGAUGACCUGAGCGAGGACCACGACGAGGAGGAGGAGACCGACGAGGAGGACGGUUCUGGCAAGCCUAGGCAAGAGGCUGCUGAGUGCAAGCAGAGCUGA